AUGGGGCGCAUCCAGGCUAUGGCUAAUAGGAGGAGGAGAAGCGAUGCGGGCGCUGAUGAGAUUGCACAGGCAAUCCACAGGAUGGUAGAUGCCAUGCAGCCGGUUGCGGCACAGCCGAGAGCUUUGGUGCCACCUACUAGAGCGGUGACCAUGGAAGAUGUCCUGAAACAUAAGCCGUCAAAGUUCAACGGCAAAACUACUCCGGAUGAGGCCGAUGCUUGGCUCAGGGAGUGCGAGAAAAUAUUUAGAGUGCUUGCGUGUACUGAAGCACAACAGCUGAGCUUUGCCACGUUCCUGUUGGUGGGUGAUGCGGAGUACUGGUGGACGGGAAUGCAGCAGCAGAUGCAGACCCGUCAGGAGGAGGUGAGCUGGACGAGUUUCGGAACCAGAUUUCUGGAAAAGUAUUUUCCAGAUUCAGUUAAGCAUGCACUAGAGGCGGAGUUUCUCACAUUACAGCAGGGGAAUCAACUAGUGCAGACCUAUAUCGACCGCUUUGAGUACUUGGCGAGGUUUUACUCGCAGGCGAGCAUAGAGGAAUGGCGCUGUCGCAAGUUUGAGGAAGGCUUGAGGCAUGAGCUGCGCAGAGUCUUGGUGCCGUUGCGGAUCCGGGAGUUUCCAAUUCUGGUGGAGCAGGCCAGGACCGUGGAGAAGCUAGAGAUGGGACCUAGUCGGGUCGGGAGAGCACAGAAAAAUACUCCUAAGGCCUGA